GUGAAUGCUGUGACGGCAGACCUUUGGCCCCACUCAGCAGCGUCGUGCUCAGACCGUCGACCUGACACCUGAUAACUCCAGCGUGUCGCACAGUUUGGUUCAGAACACGCAAUGCUGGCCGCGUUAGUUUGGUGACAACAAUGGAAAGAGCUCACACCCUCAAUAGUGGAAGAUCGACUUAAAAGUGUCGUUUGGGGAUUAACAGGCGGGUGAGCCCACUGAAAGAGCCCAACGCGUAUCUCGCAGCUCAUUAGCGCAUUUCAUGGAGAUCUUUAGAUGACAAGACCUGCUGCACGCUGCGGGUUGCGCUCAGCAUCUACACGGAUCUGUAAUUUUGGAACAUGGCGCGAGGGAUGAGAGGAGCUCAUCUCCUUGUUGGAUUUUUUACUCUUGGGUUAACUCUUUUCAGGGACGCGGAUGGACGACAAACGUUUAAUGACUUGACAGGUUUCAGCUUGAAUCCCCCGUACUUUAACCUCGCCCAGGGCUCUAGGAUCUCCGCUACAGCAACCUGCGGACAGGAUGAGGCUGGCGCACCGAGAUACGAUUUAUACUGUAAACUUGUCGGAGGGCCGACCAAUGGACUUCUUACUCAAAAUAUACAGGGUCAGUUUUGUGACUACUGCAACACCAUUGACCCAAACAAAGCCCACCCAGUGACCAAUGCCAUCGAUGGGACUGAGCGGUGGUGGCAGAGCCCUCCUCUCUCCAGGGGGAUUGUCUACAAUGAAGUGAAUGUCACUCUGGACCUUGGACAGCUCUUCCAUGUUGCAUAUGUCCUCAUCAAGUUUGCCAAUUCCCCUCGUCCUGACCUGUGGAUGCUGGAGCGAUCUGUCGACAAUGGGAGAAGCUUCACCCCCUGGCAGUAUUUUGCACAUUCAGAACGUGAGUGUAUUGAAAGGUUUGGAAAGCAGCCCAAUGUUCGUAUAUUAAAUGAUGAUGACCAGCUCUGCACCACAGAAUACUCACGGAUCAUCCCUUUGGAGAAUGGAGAGGUUGUGGUGUCUCUGGUCAAUGGCCGCCCGGGGGCCAAAAAUUUUACCUACUCACCAGUGCUGCAAGACUUUACAAAGGCUACCAAUAUCCGCCUGCACUUCCUCCGCACCAACACCCUGCUCGGCCACCUUAUCUCCAAGGCCCAGAGAGACCCCACUGUCACACGCAGGUAUUACUACAGCAUCAAAGACAUCAGCAUCGGUGGACGCUGUGUUUGUCAUGGGCAUGCACAGGAGUGCGAUGGGGGCGGUAGCCCUGACAACCCAGACAGACUCCAGUGUGAGUGCCAGCACAACACCUGUGGUGAGUCAUGUGACCGCUGCUGCCCGGGAUUUAACCAGAAGCCGUGGCGCGCUGCAACUGUUGACAACCCGAAUGAGUGUCAGCCCUGCCAGUGUUUCUCCCAUGCCUUUGACUGUUAUUACGACCCAGAGGUGGAAAAAAGGGGAACAAGUUUAGACACCUUCGGCAGGUUUGAUGGAGGAGGAGUGUGCAUCAACUGCCAGCACAACACUGCUGGAGUGAACUGUGAGAGAUGCAUCGAGGGCUUCUACAGACCUUAUGGAGUACCUCCUGAGUCUCCCACCGGAUGUAUACCGUGCCGCUGUGAUGAAACAACUACAGAUGGUUGUGAAAUGGGGUCUGGAAGCUGCAUCUGCAAGCCACAGUUUUCUGGAGAACACUGCGAUCGCUGCACUGAUGGGUACUAUUACUACCCCGACUGCAUUCGAUAUCCAGUUUAUCCGGCGACCACCAAAUCUCCUGCAGGUCCUAUUGUGGUUCCCACUGCCUGCCCUCCAGGCUAUUUUGGCACACCCAGCUGUCAACCGUGUAUUUGUGACUACAGAGGGACGUCACAUGGGAUAUGCGAUGCAUCAGGGCGCUGCCUGUGCCGUCAGGGUGUGGAGGGUGAGCGAUGCGACCGCUGUCGACCUGGAUACCAGUCCUUCCCAAACUGCCAGGCAUGUCUCUGUGAUGGGGCCGGCGUGGCUGACAGCGUGUGCGGUCCAAAUGGUCAGUGUCUUUGCCUCUCCAAUUAUGGGGGACAGGAGUGUGAUGAAUGUGCACCAGGCUACUAUGGAUAUCCUGACUGUGCUGCCUGCCGGUGUUCACAGGAAGGCUCAUAUGGGACAAUAUGCGACCUGUUAUCUGGUCAGUGCCUCUGUCUUCCAGGUGUGGUCGGUCAGCAGUGUGAUCGUUGUGCCUCUGGUCUCAGAUUCCCCCAAUGCUCAGCCUCCACAAGUAUGUGUAACACGGCAGGAACUGAGGUUUCUGAUCCCCAAGUGGGCUCCUGCCGCUGCCUACCAAAUGUAGAGGGAACCCUGUGUGACAGGUGUAAACCUCUAUACUGGAAUUUAGCUGCAGACAACCCCCGUGGCUGCAUAGAGUGUCAGUGUGACCUGAAAGGCACUCUGAGUGGUGUUGGAGAGUGUGAACAGAAAAGUGGACAGUGUCACUGUAAGCCUAAUACAUGUGGGGAUGCAUGUGACUCCUGCAAAGAUGGAUACUUCCUACUGCAGAAAAAGAAUUAUUUUGGUUGUCAAGGUUGCCAGUGUGAUGUAGGCGGUGCCAUUGGCAUGGUGUGCCAUGAGAUAUCAGGACAUUGUCAGUGUCGGAAGAAUGUCAUUGGCCGUAAAUGCACUGAGCCAGCACCUAGCUACUACUUUCCCAGUCUGCACCAGCUGAAGUUUGAGGUGGAAGAUGGCACCUCACCAAAUUCCAGACCAGUACGCUUUGGUUAUAACUCCCAAGAGUUCCCAGACUUCAGCUGGAGAGGUUACGCUGUAAUGUCUCCCGCACAGAAUGAAGUCAGAGUAACAGUGCAUGUUGAGCCAAAAGAUGGGAGGCAGCAUUUAUUCCGUGUGGUUCUGCGGUUCAUUAACCCCAGCAGCACCAGUGUGACCGCUAGCAUCAAGGCUACCAAUAACAGAGGCACUUCAGGGUCAGAACAGAGUAAAGAAGUAAUAUUUCCCGUUAGUCCUCUCCCAUCCUUCCUCACUGUGCCUGGAGAUGGCUUCGCUGAGCCCUUUGAAUUGACCCCUGGGAAAUGGAUCAUUCACAUAAGAGCAGAAGGGGUUCUCUUGGAUUAUUUAGUGUUGCUGCCGCAGGAUUACUAUGAGGCACCUUUGCUGCAGGAAAAGAUCACUCAACCCUGCACAUAUUUACCCACCGCAAACAAGGAUGAAAACUGUCUAUUGUAUAAGCACAUACCCCUGGAUGGCUUCAGCUCUGCCCUGGGCUCGCAGGGAAGACUCACAACCCGGAGAGGGCGCAAGAGGAGGCAGGCUCGUGUGAGGCGUCCCACCCCUGAUCAUCCUGACAUGGCUGCUCUUAAUGGGAGACAGUCUCAGCUCCAGCUCAGUCUGCGUGUGCCCCAUCCUGGCCCAUAUGUGCUUAUUCUGGAGUAUGUCAGUGAGAUGGACACUGUCCAGAAUGUCAACAUACUCAUCAGUGGACAGUCAGGUGGCCCAGUGACAGGCAGAGCUAAUAUUUACAGCUGUGCCUUCAGCAAUCUGUGUCGAAGUGUGGCUGUGGACAACAGAAAUCAGGUGGCAGUGUUUCAGCUAAGUCACAAGACUGAAGUUCUUUUGCAAACUUCCACUGCAACAUUCCUUCUGUAUAAAGUGUAUGCGGUUCCUGCAGAAGAGUUCUCCAUUGAGUAUGUAGACCCCAAAGUGUUGUGUGUCUCCACUCAUGGUCGCUUCACUGAAGACAGUCGGCACUGUGUCCUGAGACAGUUUGACGAGCCCACCUCAACAUGGAUCCUGUACGCGGCCCGCGAUGGCCAGCUAUCCUCCACAUCAGCUGCAGCUCCCCAACAAAGAGAGAUUGAGGAUUGGAGGCAGAGACGGCAGUCUGGGGUGUUCCCUGUCCGUGAACCUCAGGGUGACGGUAUACUACUCAAAUUCCCACAGACGGAGAUCAGUUUCACCCCUAAGGUGCCUCUCUCGGGCAGGUAUGUGGUUAUGAUCCAUUAUCGCCAGCCUGAACAUAUCUCCUUCCCUGUGGAAGUGCGAGUUGACGCGGGCCAUGAAUGGAAAGGCAUGAUCAAUGCAUCCUUCUGCCCUGCAGUCUCAGGAUGCAGGGAGGUAGUCAUCGCUGAUGGGCGCAUCGCCCUGGACUUUCACAGAAAUUCUUGGCAGCUACCCAUCAUCUCUGUGAGCGUGCCACCUAGAAAGACUCUUAUUCUGGAUUAUAUCAUGUUGGUUCCUGAUAGCAGUUACACCCCAGAGCUCCUGAAAGAGAAACCACUGGAUAAAUCUGCUGAUUUCAUACAGCAGUGCAGAGGAGAAGGGUUCUAUAUCGACCCCAGAACAUCUUCCCAGUUCUGCACAGACUCAGCCCGCUCUCUUGUAGCAGCUUAUAAUGAUGGCGCUCUGCCUUGCAACUGUGACACGUCUGGCUCCACAGGACCCAUCUGUAAUGUGGUUGGAGGACAGUGUCCCUGCAGGCCGCACGUCAUUGGGCGGCAGUGCACUAAAUGCGCUACGGGAUACUAUGGAUUUCCCUACUGCAGACCAUGUGACUGUGGCCGCCGACUAUGUGACGAAGUGACCGGGCGCUGUAUCUGCCCUCCUCAGACAGUCAAACCAGCCUGUGACGUGUGUCAGAAUCAGACUUUCAGCUACCACCCUUUGCUGGGCUGUGAGAACUGUGCGUGCUCUCCAAAUGGCAUAAAUGCAAAUGCAGGGCCUCAGUGUGACAGCAUUACUGGUCAGUGCAGUUGCAAGCCCAGAACUGGAGGGAGGCAGUGUGAUCGCUGUGCUACAGGUUAUUAUCGCUUCCCUGACUGUGUGCCCUGUGACUGUAAUCAAGGUGGAGUUACAUCUAACGUGUGUGACCCAGACACAGGAAGGUGCCUCUGCAAGAGAAAUGUUGCUGGGGUCAGGUGCAAUACUUGUCGAGAAAGUUCCUUCCAUUUUGACCCCUCGAACCCUCACGGCUGUACCGGCUGCUUCUGCUUGGGAGCCACUGACCAGUGUCAGAGCUCCAGCAAACGCAGGGGGAAGUUUGUUGAUAUGUGGGGCUGGCGUUUGGAAAGUCCCGACAGAGAGGAGGUUACUUCUGUGCUGAACACAGCCAGUAACACAGUGGUGGCAGAUAUCCAGGAACUCUCUCCUGCAGUUCAAACCCUACACUGGGUGGCACCACCGUCCUACCUGGGAGACAGGGUUUCAUCUUACGGUGGUUUCCUCACUUACCAGUCCAAAUCAUUCGGGAUUCCCAGCGAGGGGAUGACUCCGUUCGACAGAAGACCUGAUGUUGUCCUGACUGGUCAUGAUAUGACUCUGGUCCACAUGUCUCCACAAACUCCGCUUCCAGACAGACUCUAUCAAGGCAGAGUACAGCUCUUGGAGGGAAACUGGCGACACGCUUUCACCAACAGGCCUGUGUCCAGAGAGGAACUGAUGAUGGUCUUGGCUGGUCUGGUGGGCCUGAGGAUCCGUGCUCUGUACUUCACCCAGAGCCAGCGACUCAGCUUGGGUGAGGUGGGCCUAGAAGGGGCCACAACCUCAGGGACUGGAGGUCCAAGUAACAUAGUGGAGAAGUGUUCCUGCCCCUCUCAGUAUACUGGUGACUCCUGUGAGAAAUGUGCUCCUGGUUACUAUAGAGAUGGCAGUAGUCCUUACCUGGGCCGCUGUGUGCCCUGUGAGUGUAACGGUCUCUCUGAUGAGUGUGAAGAGAGCACAGGGAGGUGCCUGAACUGUCAGUACAACACAGCUGGGGACCGUUGUGAGCGCUGCAAAGAAGGUUACUAUGGAGACGCAGCUCUCAGGACGUGCAGAGCGUGCCCGUGCCCAUUCACCGCUGUCACAAAGAAUUUUGCAGUAGGUUGCAGAGAGGUGUAUGGAGACAUCCAGUGUAUAUGCAGAACAGGCUACACUGGCAGUAGGUGUGAGAGAUGUGCUCCUGGUUAUUAUGGUGAUCCACUGGUACCAGGAGGAAGCUGUCGCCCCUGUAAUUGUGUCGGCAAUGGCAACAGCUGCGAUCCCAGGACUGGAGUCUGCAAGAAUGCGCUGGAACCAGGAGACACAAACACCGAUGACCACUGUCAAGAAUGUGAUAAUUGUGCCCAGACUUUACUGGAUGACAUGGAGCAGCUGGAUGAUGAGCUGGGAAAGAUCAAGGCUCGUCUGGACAAUGCCACUGCCAGUUCCUCUUCUCUGGAUAGGCUGAAGAAGCUGGAGAAGGCUUUGUCAGACACCAAGGAUCUUGUGAACAAAUUCAGAUCUGCAGUCAACAAACAAAUAUCCAGAGUGGACCAGCUGAAAGAGGACACGGACACUCUUGCAGAUGACAUUAGUUCCCUCAAGGGCAAGGCUGACAAGAGGGCUUCUGAUGCUGACAAGGCAGUGGCUGAUGCUGACAGAACCCACAAGAGAGCCCGUGAAUUGGACUCAGAGAUUCAGAAGCUGCUCAAGAACAUCAUAGCUCUACUGGAUGAACUUGUGAAUCAAGAUGGCAGGGGCGACACGCCCAGUGGAAACUUGGCGAAAAUGCUGGAGGAGGCUCAGGGCAUGGUGGACGAGAUGGAAAACAAGAAUUUCACUCCCCAGAAGACAGCUGCUGAGAAAGAAAGAGAUGAAGCCAAGAAAUUGCUGGACUACAUCAAAGGUAAUGUAAGUAAGCAGUGUGACCAAAACGAGGCUGCAGCGGGUGCGCUUCGAGGCCAUCUGGAGGAUUACGAAGCCAAGCUGAAGGAGCUGGACAAGGCCUUGAAAGAUGCGGUCGACUUACUGAAAAAAGCCAAUGCUCAGAAUGGCCUUAAUGCUGAGACAAUCGGAGAUAUGCAGAAACGCAUUAAAGACUUAAAAAAUGAGAGGAAGACAGUUGAGGACCAGAUGGCCUUGGCGGAGAAUGAGCUGCAGAAAACAGAAGAUCUGGUGAAAAUGCUUUCGGACAAUAAAACGGAGUAUGAACAGCUGGCAGCACAGCUGGAUGGUGCCAAGACAGAUUUGACCAAGAAAGUGAAUGAGAUUUCUAAGGCAGUGGCUCAGAAGGACAUUGUGGAGGCUGCAGAAGACCAUGCUAAAAACCUUCAAAAGAUAGCAAAGGAUCUUGAGGAUGCUGUGAAGAAUGCAAGUGGACGUACUGAGGUGCGUGAUGCGAAAGAUGCUAUUGAGGCCUACAAGAACAUCACAGAUGCCAUAAAUGCUGCUGAGGCAGCUGCUAAGGAAGCCAAAGAUGCUGCAGACAACGCCUUUGAUAAUGUAAGAAACCAGAAUCUCGCACAAAGAGCAAAAGAGCUGAAGGACCACGGCAAUGAGCUACAGACGGCCGCAGAGAAUGCAGAGGAAGACCUAAAGGACACUGCCACCAGCCUCACUGAUGUAAAUAAGCGCCUUAAAGAUGCCAAGAAUAAGAAGAAAACUCUUGAGAAAGACCUCCUUGAUGCACAAAAACAGUUAAAUGACAUCAAAAGAGAUGACAUUGGAGCUAUGAUUGAUUCGGCCAAGCAGAAGGCAGCUUCGGCCAAUCAAACAGCCAGUAACACGAUGGACAGACUCAGUGAAAUCAGAAAGGAAAUUAAUAAGAUCAGUGUCUCUCCUGGCAGCGCUAACCUAGGCGGUAUAUUGGAUAAUGUCAACCAGUCAGUUACAAAUUUGCUAGAAACCAUUUCAACUCUGGAUGAUAAGAUCUCAGCGGUAGAGAACCUGACCUCACAGGUCUCGCCUAUUAGCAACAUAUCUGAAAACAUCAAGAUGCUCAAAGAUCUCAUUGAACAAGCCAGGGAUGCAGCUAACAUGAUUGCAAUCCCUAUGAUGUUCCAAGGCAGUGGUUACGUGGAGCUUCAUCCACCAAAAAAUCUGGACGAUCUGAAAGCCUACACAGCGAUAUCUCUGAUGCUACAGAGACCUGAAGGUCGGGGAGAUGGAAAACGCAGACGCAGACAGGCGGAAGAAAAUGACAUGUUUGUGUUAUAUCUUGGCAACAGAGAUUCUUCAAAGAACUACAUAGGUAUGGUUUUGAGGAGCAAUGAGUUGUAUGGUGUGUACAAGCUCAAUGGAGCUGAGUACACAAUGAAAACGGGAGCCAUCACUAAAUCUAAGAAUGAGCCUGCAAUAUUUGAUAGAGUGGACCUAAACAGAAUUUACCAGGAUGCAGAAUUGAUCCUUACCAAAGGUACAGACUCAUCGGCUGUACCAACUAAGAUAGGCAACCAAGGACAAGAGUCCGAGAAUCUCCUGGAUGUCAGUCCCAAUGAUAUUGUUUUCUAUGUUGGAGGCUACCCUGCCAACUUCACUCCUCCAGUUUCUCUCAGAUACCCCAAAUACAAGGGCUGCAUUGAAAUUUCCUCCGUUAAUAACAAAGACCUCAGUCUCUAUAAUUUCAAAAGAAGACAGAAUAUUAAUGAAGCGACUCCAUGCAAGCGGUAUGUUAAACCACUCGAUUCAGACUUCUUUGAAGGCACCGGCUUUGGCAGAGUGAUUGUGAAUAAGACACAACUAAGCUCCCUUACUAUGAAUAUGUACAUUAAUACUCGUACAGAAAAUGGCCUACUCUUAUAUGUGCGAAAGGAGAACGACUACUUCAUUGUCACCAUAGAGAAGGGUGUUUAUUAUAUAUAUAGUUCUUUUCUUCAAACACCUGCUACCAAUAAUCAAAAAGUUUUCCCAACAUUAGACUGGACUGAUGUGAAAGUCAUUUUAAGAGCAAAGAAAGACUUCCUGGUGUAUGUGGAAGGUUCACCGGUUGUUAAAUUCCCAGCCAAUUUUGACAUGCAAACUGGUUUUGACAUCUAUAUCGGUGGUGCACCUCUAGACUUGAGAGAAAGACAUAACAUCACCAUGCGGCCAUUCAGAGGAUGCUUGAAGAAUCUGAAGCUAGAAGGAACUUCUAUACCUUUUGAUGAAAGCGUGGGCACCAGUAAAGGUUGUUUCACGGAUACCCUGCGUUCACGUAAAGCAGAGUUCACUUUGGGGAGCACUCUCUUAGCUGACCUUGCAGGCUUUACUCUGGAUAACGACAUGACUGUCUCCCUUGGAUUCAAGAGCACAGAGAAUGAAGGUCUCAUUUUGCGGAACAAGCAGCAGGCUAACGGGAUUGAUCUUGGAAUGGAAAAUGGCUACGUGACUCUCAGUUUCAAUGGGAAGAUAUGGAAAUCUAACAAACAAUAUCAUGAUGGGCACUGGCAUUACGUGACUGUGACAAAAAGAAGUGGAGGGAUUGAGAUGAUUAUUGAUGAUGAAGAUAAAGGUCAGGAGCAGAGCAGCGGUGGCUCCAUACCCGACACAAGUGGCUCUCUAGUCCUGGGAAAUGAGAAUUUCAAAGGCUGCAUUUCCAACCUCUACACGAGACGGUCAGACAAUUUAUACAAACCUGAAGACCUCAGCAAGUUCAAGGCUUCUGGAGACGUCUCUCUGGAUUACUGUUCUGCUUUCACUCCUGUUCAACUGAUGCUGGACCACAACUCUAAGAGGGAUAAUGUGAAACCUGUGAGCAAUGAGAGUGUGUCACCCUGUGCAUUACCAGCCCUGGAUCAACAUGCUUAUCGCCUUGGAGGGACUGUUAGCAGGCUGAGCUACAGUCUUCCUCUGCAGGUCCUACAACCCAGACCCCAUUUCUCUCUCGAAGUCAGGACUCGUUCUCAUGAAGGCAUGCUGUUCUUCGCUGCAACCAGAGGAGGGCAAUCUCAUCUUGCUUUAUACAUGUCCAAGGGCAGGAUCAGGCUGUCCGUGGGCAAACAGAAGAUCUUCAACCGGGAAAAGUACAAUGAUGGAAAGUGGCACACGAUCAUGUUCAGUUUGGAGAAGAAGAAAUUCCGUCUGGUUGUAGAUGGGAUUAGAGCUCAAGAUGGUCAGCUGACUAAUGCUGAGCUAUCGUCCAUGAAGCAGCAUUUCCUGUCCCCUGUCUACCUGGGCAGUACCCCACAUUAUCUUCAUAAAGAGUUAAAGUCGAAGGGCCUUCCAAAGCAAAGUGUAUCUGGCUGUAUGCGCAAUUUUAAGAUGAAUGGCGCGCUAAUGUCAAAUCCAACCACGAAUCACGGUGCUGGCCCCUGCUUCGAGGGACAGACACAAAGAGGGGCUUACUUCUCAGGGGAUGGGGCACAUGUCGUUGUCAAUGAUUCCUUUGUUGUGGGUUCCACCUUUGAGCUGCUGUUUAAUAUUCGUCCACGGAGCCUGACGGGACUCCUGCUUCAUGUAGGUGUGCACAGCAAGACUCAAAAUGGACCGGCGAUGGGUCACUAUCUCACUAUUUAUAUGCUCAGAGGAGAGGUGGUAGCACAAGUCAACAAUGGAAAUGGAGAAUUCAUGGUGUCAGUGAAACCAAAAGCUUCUCUAUGUGAUGGAGUAUUCCAUAAAAUUUCAGUUAUCAAGAGGAAAAAUGUUGUGCAAUUGUACGUGGAUACAAUGGACAAUUACAAGAUUGGACCACCAUUUUUCACUAUACCUUUGACCAAAGACCCACUGUAUGUGGGUGGCAUUCCUGCAAUCUUAAUGCAGCAGAUUCUUCCUGUCACAUCAUCCUUUGUGGGAUGCAUCCAGGACAUGAGGAUCAACGGUGAGCCGGUCUCCUUCGAAAGGCCGUCAGGUGUGUUUGGUCCAAUCAACCUCAAGGAGUGUCCAAGCUGAACAAUAAACAUCUCCUUGAACCAUCAGUAAACAAACCCUGGGACCAUGUCCACCACCAGCUAUGUGCAAUCUGUUACUCAGACAGAGAAUGUGUUAGUAUGUGAGAAUGUGUGCAUUAAGAGGAGUGUGUUUGAGCGUGAGUGUGUUUGGGUGAAUGUAUGUGAAAAAUAAAGAUAUGAGCAGCAGCUUACAGGUUCAUAAUGUUUGCUGUUAAGUUAAACAUUUCUAUAUUUAUUUUGUGUAAAUUCAUGUAUUGCGUCACCAAUAAUGAAUGCAGAUUGUGACAGCUGUAAUAUCGUCUCCUCUGUUGGUCCAUUCGGUCUGUAUUGACUAUCAAAUACUACUGAAUAUGCUUGCGAGUGGUCAGGGCUGCAUUAAGGGCAACCCAGCACUUUACGAAAACAAGUAAUGCCUUUUGUGAUGGUGCUGCAAAAGAGAUCAAGAUUAUUAACUGAUGUUUUUGUUUUUUUUUGUUUGCUUGUUGGACUCAAUAGCUUAUCCUAAGAAAAAUGAUGUUUACACCUACGAUUCUCAAUUCAUUGACAUUUCAGGGGUUUCUCAGCUAUUCUGUAUUCAUAUCCACAUGCCAGCAUGCAGAGUUCUGCAUUUUAACUGGUUUAAGAGACAUGGACUUUGCACAUGUUGUAAAACCACGUUUUUCUCCCCCAGUAUUGUAUUACUGUUCUGAGGUGAUUUUCCAUUUUGCAUUCCCUUUGCAUGACAAUGUGGAUAUAUAUAUCUUACAGUAGUUACACCGGAUAAAAGCAUGUACUAAAUUUUGUUUCUAUCAGUUAAAUAACCAAUAUAUGUAGUAUAAGUUUCACAGAUUUGGUCAGUCAUGUUAGGGACCAUUACAAAAGCAAUAUGACAGAAAAAUAUUUUCAGGUACUUUUAAAAAAAAACUGUUUCAUUUCCUAAACUGUGUAUUGAUACCACACUUUGAAUUAUAUUUUAUCUCAAUAUGAAGAAAAAUUCAUGUUAAAUUGGACACAUUGUACAUGCAUUCCUGUCUUGUGACAACUGAUUUGUAAACCAUCAUGUAACCUGUA